UUAUAUUUUUCCAGAGAAGAUGGAGGAUGAAGAUAAGGUUGGAGUUCUUAUUGAGUUGGGAUUAGAGGCUCCCAAAACUGCUAAAAAGGAACGACGAAGUUUUUAUGCGCUCCCUAAAACCUUGUCCGAAGAUGAUGAUACUUUCGGAGUUCUUAAUCUUCCUUCCCAUUCUAGGAUUGACAACUCAGAAACAGAGUCCGUUGUUGACACAGGAGUCCUGGUUCAGUUUGAUAACUCCCAGUCAAGUACUGAGAGCCUUGAGCCGAGUAAACAUAUCACCCUGGAUAGUCAAUUCUCUAGCAGUAAACCAAACUGUUCUACUCAACCCUUCACAUCCUCACACAUCUCCCUGGGGCAGUCCCUCACCUCCACCAGCAGAUUUAAUGAGAAUAUCUCAAAAAUAAGUCAUGCAGCGACACCUUCAGGCUUCAGUCUGAUCUCUGAUGAUGAUGAUGUUUUUAGUGGAGAGAAAAGUCCUAUAAACAGAACUACAAACUGGGAUAUGAUCAUGAAUGAAGCGCAGUUUCUGGCCAUGUCGAUCAAAGAGGAGAAGCCGUUAAAAACCCCGGCACAUAAG